AUGGCGCCGAGCAGCCUCACGAACAAGUUUGUGAAGCGUCACCAUGGGGGGAGGGUGUGUAAGAUGAGGAAGCGAGAACCUGUGCUGCAGAACAGAAGAGGAGCGGCGUGUCUUGGCAUGCAGGAGGAUGCAGACAACGAGCGGAGGCCCGAGUCCAUGUACGUGCAGCUACUGCAGAGAGUCUACCGGGCGAACUUUGGCAUCGACAUCAAGGAUGAGGCACAGCUCUUUGACGAGCUCGAGGAGGAGGGGAGAGGCUCUGGUGGCGUCGAGGAGCAGCAGAGCUCUUCGAGGAGGAGGCUCCUGUCCACUGUCGCCUCGAUCCUGAUUGCUGCCUGGACUCUAACGCUACUGCCAUCCCCUAGGGUGCUGGCGGGAGACUUCGAUGCUGGAGACUUCCAGAAGGGAGAGACGGUCUUGUUGGACGUGAAGAAAGCAAGAGAGUCGUGCAGCGACGGGUGGGCGAUGAACUGGAGGACGACGGGGAAGGCGAGCGUGUGUCUGGAGGCGGACGGCUGUCUCUGGAGGAAGGUGGAGUUCGGGAGGGGGUCGAACUUCUACGAGCAGAGCUUCCGCAAGGCAGAGGAGACUUACUCUGUCUCCUUCAUCAACUACCUCGCCAGGUUCGUCCUCAACUACGACAGCAGGUGGCAGGAGUGGUGGAGCAUCCGGCAGCGGGCCCUACGCCCAGACUUCAACGAGCAGCAGGUGGCAGAGCAGCUGGGCAAGGAGCUGAGGAGGUUCUCGGGGAGCGUCGAGUACGGGCUGGGAAGAUACUCGGGGGAGGAGGGGGUGAAGAGACUGUUUGCAGAGCUCCAGCUGCACUACGGGGACAUGGGGUAUGAGGUGAACCGUCAGCUGGUGUCAGCGUUCGCGCUGCUCGAGUUCUUGAGCAUGUCGCACUCCUCCGUGCAGCUCGCUCCGUACGAGUUCCUCCCGCACACUCCUCCUCCUCCGCCGCCCCCGCCCGUCCCCUCUGAGCAGCUCGUCCCGCUAUACCCCUCGUAG